UUGAUCCAAAGAAGAGGAGAUUUUGGAAAACCAGUUGAAAAUUUUUACAGAUCGUGGGAAGAAUACAAAAAUGGUUUUGGAAACUUAACCAAGGAGUUUUGGUUAGGAAAUGACAUCAUCUUCUCGUUGACCAAUCAAAACAACAUGGUGCUCCGUGUUGAUUUGGAAGACUUUGAAGGAGGUCGAAGAUAUGCAGAGCAUGAUGAGUUCUUGGUACGAAGUGAAAUAGAACUUUAUAAAAUGAGUUUCAAGACGUACAAGGGUGAUGCGGGAAAUUCCCUUAUUGGUCACAACAACAUGAUGUUCAGCACCAAGGAUAAAGACAACGACAAACACAGCGGCAGUUGUGCUCAAGUCUGCAAAGGCGGAUGGUGGUAUAAUAAAUGUCACACCACAAACUUAAACGGCUUUUAUUACACAGUAGAUAAGGUAGACACUUCUGGUAUUACCUGGUAUCACUGGAAAAACAAACACAACACACUAAAGACAAGCGAGAUGAAAAUAAGACCUGUGGAUUUUAUUAUUGGUGAAUAAAGAAUAACUAAGAUGUAAAUAUUUCAUUAAAAAUUGUUAUUUAAUUGAUAAACAAAGAGAAAAAGACCAAGAUUGAUAUUCUUAAUUUGUAAUAUGUUUAUUUGAACUUAAAUGUCAACAAACUUUAAGAAAUAUAAAGAAAUGUUUAUCACUAUUAGUUUAACCUAACUAUUUUAGUAAAAAAUUAAAUGAAAUAUACGUAUUAGAUUUAG